GCCAUGCUAGCCCGGAUGUGGAAAUAUGGUAUUCAUAGCUUCCUCGAGCUUUUGAGACACUAACUGCCAACCAGUCUAGAACAUAUGCUGAAUUUCAUUUACUUGGCGUAUUCCAUGAUGGCUCUGCUGUACGAAACGGUCCCAGCCUUUGAAGAUACGUGGAUUGAAUGCCUGGGAGAUUUGGGAAGGUACCGCAUGGCCAUCAAGGAUGAGGAUAUCCGAGACCGCGAAGUUUGGACCUCGGUGAGUAGGUACUGGUACUCCAAGGCCUCGGAUAAAGCCCCGACAACGGGACGGCUCUACCACCAUCUCGCCAUUCUCGCUCGCCCGAAUGCGCUGCAGCAGCUGUACUACUACACCAAAUCCCUAUGUGUGGCCGUGCCCUUUUUGUCGGCACGCGAAAGCAUUUUGGCGACGACAGGAUGCCUAGCUGCCAAUGCACCGCCGCUGCCUGGUGGUUCCCGGUGGCGCCCACCUGCUUCAGGAGCGGCUAGGCGCGGUGCGCUGGAGGUUUGGUCGUCCAAAUUUUGCACCGCAUAAGAUACAGCCCUGGGCGCAGUAGACCUCGGUGUACUCCGUAGUGCGUGAAAGGACGACGUUCUCUAAGUCAUUAACGGUGUGACGCUCACCCGGACUCUGGCGACGGCCACUGCCAGAAUCCACCCCGAACUGCGUCGAUCCGCUCGACCACUAUCAAAUACACCUCCCCACGGCCCUAACGAGUCAGCUGGAAUUUCGAGGCCAUCUG